AUGAAGGUGAGCGGCAGAUCCAUGGAGAGUUCCAAGAAAAGGUCGACGGGAAGGACCUUGGUUCACCAACGGACAAGACUCUACAUUGUCUGGCGAUGUGUCACCAUGCUCCUCUGCUGGCACGACUGA